UUUGUCUUUUAUUUAUUUACAAUGACGGCCUACUCUGGGCAAACCCCGACGACGAUGGGCCAAUUGUGCGCCACCCUAUGGGACUCCUAAUCACGGCCGGAUGUGAUACAGCCUGGAUUGGUGGACAUUGCAUCUCUUCCAAUAUUCUUCCAAUUUACGUCCAGACUGGCUUGCGCUCUCCUUGCGCGGCAAACGAACCAGUUUCAUUCUAAAGACUGGAUAAGACGAGAGGAACAGCAUGGAUUCCCCAAUGAACUGGUUCAUAUUGUUGUUUGUUCUUAUUUGUUCCCUCAGUUUGAAUGCCUGGGCCAAGGUGGACAUGACCAUGGAGGAGAGUGUGGAGGUGUACCUGGGCGACUCAGCAGGCAUCCCCUGCCAGUACGUCUUCAGUGAGCAGCCCAGAGCAUUCAUGAUCCAGUGGUUUGUGAGGAAUCCCAGUAGCAGUAGCCGGGAGCGGAUCUACUACGGUGACAAUGCACAGCAGAUAGUGGACGAUGGUACAGACUUCACAGGCCGCAUCACGGUGUCCAACAUCGGGGACAAGGAGGGUGUGCUGCUGACCAUCCAGGAUGUCCAGCUGACUGACGAGAGGGAGUUCUUCUGCCAGGUCAACGGCAUGGCUGCAGGCAACGGAGAAGGCAAGACUCACCUCAGGGUGUUCGAUCCUCCAAUGGCCCCAGUAAUUGAAGGUGUCCAUGCUGGAAUCUCUGUGACCAACGAGCUGCCAUCAAGGAUUGCGUCGUGUGAGGCAAGGAAUGGCUUCCCCAGACCCAACAUCACCUGGUACCGUGGCAUCAGCCCACUGACCCCCACGGAUGGCCAGAUCAAUGUGGUAAUUCUGGUGACCCGUGAGUCCAGUGGCUUCUACACGGUCCAGAGUGAGCUGCAAUAUAAAGUUGCCAAAGAGGACAAGGAUGUCCUGUUCUCCUGUGAGGUCAGCUACUACGUCCCAGGAGCUGUGAGGACGGCUGAGUCCAAGGGCAUCAACAUCACUGUGCACUACCCCACAACCGUUGUCGAGCUGUGGAAGGAAUCCCCCCAGGGCCUGGUCAAAGAGGGGGACACUGUGGAGAUCCGUUGCCAAGGUGAUGGCAACCCCCCACCGCCCUUCACGUUCAACCGACAACAAGAGCAGGAGACAGCGUUGGAGGCCAGCGAUGACACAUUGGUGCUGAGGGAGGUGACGCGUGGGGACAGUGGGGUCUACCAGUGCCGCUCACUGGAUCUGGACACUUACGAGGAGGUCAUGGGAGACGUGCAGCUCAUUGUCCACUAUCUGGACCCAGCCCUGGUGGUGCCCAAAGACUCAGAGAUCAUGUUCAAAGGAGAGAGUCUGACUGCUACCUGCAACGCUCUGUCUUCUCUGGAAACCUUCACUGUCUGGUUCAAGAAUGGGCAGAAGGUUGGCACAGGCCACAUGCUGUUUCUGCAGGAUGCCACCUAUGACACAGCAGGAGAGUAUGUGUGUGAGGUGACUGUUCCUUCUCUGCCUGGACUGCACACCUCUGGUUCUGUCCACAUCAUCGUCCAGGGUGCUCCCCAGAUGAAGGAUGCUGACAGGGAGGUGGAGAUGGAGGAGGGAGCUGGGAAGUGGAUGAACCUGAGCUGUGAGGCACAUGCACACCCCCUGCCCACCAUCUCUUGGACUGUCACUGGCAGCCAGAGCUGGCGCGAGGUGCUGACCAGCGCCACGGAGCACAGCACAAUCAGCCUGGUGUCCAUCAAAGUGACCUCUGACAUCACAGCCUUCUGCAAUGCCACCAACGAGAUGGGCACAGAGGCAAAGUCUUUCAGCAUCAGUGCCAUUCCCAUGGUCACUUCAACUGCACCCUACACACCUGCUGAAGGAAAUGGUGUGAUCAUCGUGGUCGUCAUCAUCUGUGUCCUCCUGCUGGCCGUCCUGGGCAGUGUGCUCUACUUCCUCCACAAGAAGGGCAAGAUCCCCUGUGGCCGCUCUGGCAAGCAGGAAAUCACUAAGGAGAACCCCAAAAAAGAUGGCAUUGUGGUAGAGAUGAAGACUGACACCAAAACCGAGGAGGCUGUUCUUCUGAAGGGCGUUAACGGUGACAAGAAUGGCCCCAACGACCAGUACAUGGACCUGAGGAAGUGAUAUAUGCAGAGGGCUGAGCUCUGACGUAGCCAGCCGAAGCUCUUCGCCACCCCACCAAAUCCACCCACAAGCCAAGGCUAGACUACUGGAAGCCUUGGGUAAAAUUAGUUAGGACUCUAAUUAGGAGUUAACCAAUCAAUCACUUUCCCCACAUUUGUGUUCAGCAGUAUUCACCAAAUCUGGCCAAAACCACACAGGAACACACACAACUGAUUUUAAGGUGUUUGGAGGAUGUUUUGAUUGCUCCAUUUUACCCGUUGUAAUUUUACACUGUUUCCCCGAAGCCUUUUUACUCUCUCGUUUGCCGGUUUCAAGUGUACGAUGAUGACGUUCAUUAACUGUGCGUUAUAGACUUUAUAAACUGUAUAUAUUAUAUAUAUAUAUUUCAUUAUUUAAGAUAUUUUGACACAGACCUUUCAAAUUCAGACUUGGUAUGGUAUUAUAAGUUUAUGGUGUCACUUACUUUAGCUAUCCAUCCAUGGUCCUUGAUUUGGCGAUUCUACAUUGUUUUAUGGAGGUACUCUGGCCAUAAAUGACAACCAAUAUGUUCGUGGAGAAACGCCACGUCAACAUUUUCUCAGCAAAACUCAUAAUUUCAGAAUAAUUCUCUUGUGAAUUACUGUCAAGCUCUUGUACUGUUUGUAAAUAAUCGUGGCAUAAGAACCGUUUGUAGCUGUGGCCUUCGAUUGUCUUUUUUGAAAUGGCCUAUUGUGUUAUCUGCAGUGCCUGUGGAAAUUUGUCUCACUUUGAUGUAAGAUACACUGAAAUGUUUCCUUAUUUUAUGAUUUGCUGUUUAUUUCUUUAUAUUUGGGUGAGGGCCAAGGAGACCUGAAGCUCAUUUUGUGUGUGAUACAUUUUGGAUGCUUACUGUAAGUUAUGUGCAUGGAAGAAGCUGUUGCUAGCGCAAAGACUGCCUGACGUGCAUCAUUUACAGAAUGAUAUGUUAAAGGUAUUAUGAUUUUUGAUAUUGUACACAAAGGGGAGAGUUCAAUUGGUACAAAUACUGUAUGUUGUGAUCCAAAUAUUGCCUUCAAGGUAAUAUUUUAGUGGUCAUUAUGUUUAGUUGAAAUGACCCAUUUUGUUCAGCCUGCUUACAUCCGGCCAUAGGACUGCAGAUAGUGGACUUUUGGUAGUAUGACUCCAGUAAAGACACUGCUCUCAACUGUGUGCCUUUUAUGUUCAGUCUGGUUUAGUUGUGUUGUAGUGUAGUGUUCUGAUGCUUAAGGAAGGAAGAGGUCUGGACUUAAUAACACUGUUUGAAUUACAUUCAUGUUGCCCAAAGACAGAUCCCAACACGGGAAACGCUUUUUGAUGCCAGUAUGUGGAUGACUGGCCAUCAUUCAUCAUUAUGUGAAAAAGGUUCACUGUUGGCCACCACCAACAGUAAAAACAGCUUGUUGUGCAGUUGGCUCAGAAAACAGAAACUUUUCUUGAGGGGACAGUUCUACCGGCUUCCUCCCACCCCAACCGCUUUCUUUGAGUGUGUUUUUGUUGACUAUAUGAAACAGCUACCGUUGGACAGGAAUGUUUGGACCUGCACAGUUCAUUAUUGGUUUAUAAUGGUCUGAUCUUGCAAAUGUGUGUAAAAUAAGUACAGUUCUUGUGAUUUGAUGCUUGCCUUUUUAUAAUUAUUUUUUGCAAGAAAAUGCCAAAUAAAAAAGCUACAUUUGA